GCUGCCCUCUUCCCACCCAACUCCGGCGUCCUGUCCCUCGACUACCGCUCCUUUCCCAGCAAAAUUCUUCAAGUGGAAAAGCCCGCCAUUGUAGCAUUCACAGCUCCCUGGUGUGGUCAUUGCCAACGUCUCACUCCCGAAUUCACAAAGGCAGCCAAGAAUCUCGAAGGCAUCGUUCAUUUUGCCAAUGUAGACUGCGACGAGGACAAGAACAAGCAGAUGUGUAGCCAAUAUGAGGUCAAGGGCUUCCCUACCAUUCUUGUCUUCCCCGCUACCAAGAGGAGGAUACCAAAGACUUAUCAGGGUGAGAGGGUCGCAAAGGCUCUCGUAGAAUAUGCAGUCUCAACUCUGCCUCAUUCGGUCAAGAAGCUCAAGGCAGAGGAGCUGCCGGCGUGGGUUCAAGGCAUUGGACCCAUUACUGCUGAUGGCACUCCCGAUACCAAGGGCAUCAAUGGGCGAGGCAAGGUCCUGCUUCUGAGCAACAAACCUACCUCUUCGCCACUCUACAAGUCUCUGGCUCUGGACUUC